GGGGCCGCGGUGCGCUCCGGAAGGGGCAGCCCGGGAGGGGAUGGCUUCGCCCCGUCGGCUCUGGGGACCCGAGAGCAUUGGGAUGCUGUCUAUGAGAGAGAGCUGCAAACUUUUCAAGAAUGUGGAGAUACAGGAGAAAUCUGGUUUGGAGAAGAGAGUAUGAAUCGGCUAAUAAGGUGGAUGCAAAAACGCAAGAUUCCAUUGGAUGCUUCAGUGCUUGAUAUUGGAACUGGAAAUGGUGUUUUCUUGGUUGAACUUGUUGGCAAGAUCUGGUUUCUGUAAUAUUACUGGAAUUGAUUAUUCUCCUUCUGCAAUACAGCUUUCUGGAAGUAUUAUAGAGAAAGAGGGUUUAUCUAACAUUAAGUUAAAGGUAGAAGACUUUUUGAAUCUUUCCACAAAGCUGUCUGGAUUUCAUAUUUGUAUUGACAAAGGGACUUUUGAUGCCAUAAGCCUUAAUCCUGACAAUGCGAUUGAGAAGAGGAAGCAGUAUGUGAAAUCCCUCUCUGGGGUGUUGAACGUGAAAGGCUUUUUUCUAAUAACCUCAUGUAAUUGGACCAAGGAAGAGUUGCUAGAUGAAUUCAGUGAAGGAUUUGAACUUUUCGAAGAGUUGCCAACACCCACGUUCAGCUUUGGAGGCAGAUCUGGAAACAGUGUAACAGCAUUGGUUUUCCAGAAAACAUGAGACUUUUCACUGGACAAAUUCAGUUAGCUUUAUUAAGAAGCUCCACAUCAAAGUAAACCUGACACAGAAAAUGCAAGUGCAAAUAAAUGCUUAGUAAGUACACAGGAUGCACAUGUUGAAUAGCUAUAAUGGGUUGGUAAAAAUAUGAACAUGUGAAUGGUUGAGUUUUAGACACCAACUGAGAAUCAUUUAAAGUUUUCUUUUGUAUUUGAAAUGUAAAUAUUUUUCUCUUUGAUUAAAACAAAUUUCCUGUAACUGUUGAACAAGUAAACUUUAAAGCAGUAAAUGAAUUUACAGAAAGCA